CUGGAAGGCGGCGUCCUCCCCCGCUGGCCGCUGGAGUGGCAGAAGGUGCUCGUGGUUUGCACAAUGAAGUGUGCGGCAGCUGCCAUCUUCAUCGCCCUGUCCUCCGUACUCCGCGAUGCCGCGGCAUUCGUCGUGCCCACCCCCCUCUCCCUCCCCUCCCGCCAGCUGUCGCUGCCAUCCCCCCUCCCGCCCUCCCCCUCCCCGUCCCCCUCUCGCAACUUGCUGACGAUGAAGGCGCACCCCAACUUUCGCAAGGGCAACACGCAGCGGCUGGGGCGGGCUGCGGACCAGAGGAAGGCGCUCCUGCGGUCCCUCACGACGGCCUGCCUCAAGUAUGGGAGCAUCCGGACGACCGAGGCCAAGGCCAAGCAGGCGGCGCGGCACGUUGACAAGAUGAUUGGUCUGGCCAAGAGGGGGGACCUGCACGCAUUCAGGCAGGCCCUCGGGUGGCUCUACGACAAAGAUCUCACCUUCAGAGUCUUUGAAGCGGUCAGCCAGUCAGCCACACUGCACUGGUCAGACAGUUGAGUCAACAGAGAGAGAUGUGUGUGUGUGUGUGUCGUGUGCAGGCUCCGGCUCGUUAUGCGGAGAGGCGGUGUGGUUACACGAGGGUGAAGCUGAUACAGAAGCAGCGGAAGGGCGACAACGCAAGGAUGGCCAUACUCGAGCUCGUCUAGUGUGGCUGAGCUGCUGCAUCGCCCACAUGGGCAAUGCCAUGUGGAUGGAUGGAUGGAUGAUUGGAUGCAGUGCACUGCUCUCCAAGAGAGACGCGCGACGGACCUCACCGCUGACCGAACCGAUGGGACGGGUGUGAUCUAACGUCAUUUCAACCACCUCUGGGGCGUGUGUGUUGCAGUGCAGAGAUCCCAUCCAUCGAUGAGUCACCUUACCCACCCACCUGCCG